AUGGCAGACUCCCAACCAAGCCGCCAACUACACCUCACAGCAUUUAUGCGACCAGUUUCUCUACACACAGGAGCCUGGCGAUACCCAGGUUCCUACCCAGACGCCAAUUUCAACUUCAAGCACAUCGCAAACUUUGCCCAAAGGCUCGAAGCCGCCAAAUUCGACGCCUUCUUCAUGGCCGAUCACCUCGCCGUCCUAAACAUGCCCGUUGAAGCACUCAAGCGCAGCCACACAGUUACAUCCUUCGAGCCGUUCACUCUACUAUCCGCACUCGCCGCAGUGACGGACAAAAUCGGUCUCGCGGCAACGGCAAGCACAACGUAUGACACACCGUAUCACGUUGCGCGACGGUUCGCAAGUCUAGACCAUUUAAGCGGUGGACGGGCAGCGUGGAAUAUCGUUACCACGAGCAACCCGGAGUCUAGUCAUAAUUUCGGCUUCGAUGAGCACAUGGCCCAUGGAGACCGGUAUAAGCGGGCGCGCGAAUUCUACGACGUUGUCACCGGGUUAUGGGAUAGUUUUGCGGAUGAUGCGUUUACGCGCGAUGUCGAGACGGGACAGUACUUUGAUCCUGAGAAGAUGCAUGUGCUGAACCAUGAGGGGGAUGAGUUGAAGGUGCGCGGUCCGUUAAAUAUUGCGAGACCGCCUCAGGGGUGGCCUGUUAUCGUGCAGGCUGGACAGAGUGAGCCUGGGCGACAGUUGGCUGCGGAGACGGCUGAGGUGGUCUUUUGCAGUCCGAAGGAUAUUGAGGCUGCGAAGGCCUUGUAUGCGGAUAUUAAGAGUCGGGUUGAGAAGGCUGGCCGGAAGAGGGAGGAUUUGAAGAUCUUGCCUGCGGCGCUGAUCAUUGUUGCGGAUAGCAAGAAGGCAGCGCAGGAGAAGAGACUCAAGUUGGAUAGUUUGGUGCAUUAUGAUAGCGCCAUUGCGUCCUUGUCCAUCGUUCUUGGGGUGGAUGCGACUCAAUUUGAUCCGGAUGGGCCUUUGCCGACGGAUUUGCCCGAGACGAACGCCAGCAAGACGAGUAGAGAGGGUGCUGAGAGACUAGCGAAGCAGGAGAAUUUGACGGUUCGACAAUUGGCCCAGCGAUAUGGUGGGUUUUCCGGGCUUGCUUUCCUAGGAUCGCCGAGUGAUAUUGCCGAGGAGAUGGAGAUUUGGUUGAAAGAAGAGGCAUCCGAUGGGUUCACUUGCACAUUCCCAUUCUUGCCUCAGGGAUUGGAGGAAGUCACGGACAGAUUGAUUCCAGAGCUGCAGCGCAGAGGCUUAUUCCGCAAAGAGUACACAGGUUCGACAUUGCGGGAGCAUUUCGGCCUCGAGAGACCGGAUAAUCGUUUCUUCAGCAAAGCAUCAUAG